AAUGAUAGAAGAGGAAGAGUGAAGGAGGGAUAGGCAGGAGGAAGAAAGAGAGAGACGUGAGGAAGCCAAGGAGAGCUACUGGAUGCAUAACAUUCUCCUCUUCUUCUCUGACAGUGCAGAGAAAGUUAUGGCCGAAAACAACACCAAUCUCUUUCUGGAAAUACUUCAGUCAUUUGAUGUUGUCUCCCUGAUCAUAGCUUUCUGUGUGUCCAUUGCGGUGGGCAUCCUAUUGGGGGUGCUGGUCUAUGUUGUCCUGACCUGGAUGUCCCGUCGCAGGGCCGGCUCGGGCAGUAUCACCCGCCGGCCACCUCGCCCGUCCCGCACCUCCCCGCGCACCCGGCCUGGCUUCAAUCGCAACAGCAGCUACGACCGGCGGAGCAACAACAGCCUGGUUAGCGCUGCCUUCAGCUUCCACCGCCAGGCCUCCUCCCCAGACCAGGCUGACCCUUUGGGUCGCAAACCCAGCUUCAGGGCGUCCACCUUUCACCCACUCCUCCAGUGCAGCCAGAUCGCCCGGGAAGCUGAGGAGGGGAGCCAGACCACGUUGCCUCGCACUCCAACCCUGACCACUUCAGCUGGGUCAGCCCACCAAACCGCAGCCCAGGCUGCUGCCACCCCACCAAGGCCCGAGUUGUUCUGGAGCAGUAGUAGUCUGAGGGGGUUCCAUGCCACACAGACCCCACCUCCUGCUUAUGAGAGCAUUAUAAGGGCCUACCAGGAGACCUGCACCUGAGGAGGGGGUGGAUGUGUCCAACCUGAUAGUGGACUGACUGAGCCCAGGGUUGUCAAUAGGUUUUUAGAACAACUGGAUAUGUGGGGACUUGAGGGGAAAAUAAAGAGCCCUAAUGCUAAUAUAUGUUUCUAUGUGUGUGUGUGUGUGUGUGUGUGUGUGUGUGUGUGUGUGUGUGUGUGUGUGUGUGUGUGUGUGUGUG